UUAUAUUAUCAUUUCUCUAUUAGCAAUCUUAAAAAGACAAAUGUGGGGUUAAUUCUGUCAUGAAAACAGAUUAGAGCUAUUCAGAAUUUACAUAGCAAAAUAGGAAUGCAAAUAAAUAAAAGUAUUAAAAUGUCAAUAGACUACUAACACGUGGGUGAGUGGCAACAUGACUACGUUACAGCUCCAUAGAGAUAGAGACUUUCUAAUGCAACUAUUUUCCUCUAGAUACGUUAACAAAAAUACCCAUUUUUAUUUUUUCAAACAAGCUAUAAGAGUCAAACAAACUCUGUGUCUAUAUCUUUACGCAUUAGGCAACAACUUAUUCGAUCUCCAAGUCCCUCGAAACAGAACAGAGAGUGUGAUGCUGAUGACUAGGUAGUAGGUUAUAAGUAUAAGUAUAUGAUUUCUUAGAUUAUGUUUUGAUUUCCCCAAAGAACAUAAAAUAUGGCCACGGGCACCGUUGACAACAAAGCGGCGAAAUCGAAACCUCCAAGGCCGAAGCGAAUAUGUUUCUCAUUCGCAGCGUACGCCGGCGACCUCCUUAAUUGCCUCAAAGCCUCGAAGGUGGCAAUCGACGAAGGACUCUCCGACGCAGAAUUAUCAAACAUAGAAUCCAAAUUGAAAUUCUCGUUCCCACCGGACUUACGCGCGAUCCUCCAACAAGGCCUUCCCGUAUCCCAGGGCUUCCCCAAUUGGCGUUCUUCCUCAACGCAGCAACUACAAAUCCUCCUCAACCUUCCAGCCUCCUCGAUUCUGCGUCGCGUCUCCAGUAUGCGCUUCUGGCACCCUUCCUGGGGCCCAGAACCCUCCGACCCUACCCGAGUCAUUGCCCGCUUAUUACAUGAUGCGCCGCCGCUCGUUCCGAUUUACCGCCAUUGUUACAUUCCCUCCUCCCCCGGCGCCGCCGGGAACCCUGUUUUUCAUGUCGACAACGACGGUGAUGUUCGCUUGCUCAGCUUUGACGUGGCGGGAUUUUUUCGGGAGUUUCUGGCGCCGGGGACGGAGGAGCCGGUGUGGGCGGCGACGGCGGCGAGGAGGGUGAGGUUCUGGUCGGAGGUGGCGGACGCGCAGGGGGGGGAGCUAGGCGGGUGUCUGGAGAGGGUGGUGUGGAAAUUACGUGAGGGAGGGUGGACGGAGGAGGAGAUACGCGAGAUGAUGACGGUAGAAGAGAAGAAGAAGAAUAAAUUGAAAUUGAAGGACAAAGAGGCGUUGGAGUGGCACGUGAGAGCGUUGUCCUUGGUUUUGCUGCGUGGGGGCUGGAGCAGGGAGGAUGUGGUGUACUCGCUCGGUCUUGUUGCUGAUCAAGGAAAAUCGUGGUUGGAAUUCCAUCAGGAUCAACACAAUCUCAAUAUCAACGGUUUCUAACCAAUGUCUCUUUUGUCUCUACCUUUCCCCAUCCUCUACUAUUAGUCAACAACCUAUCGCAUUUUUUCUUUCUUUAUUUUUUAAAUUUAGUAAUUUAGAGAUAUCGAAUACAUACAGGAUUUUUGUAAACAAAUUUUUAAGGGCGAUGGAACAUAGUUUAAUUUCUCA